AUGUCCGCGGAAGUCCCCGAGGCAGCCUCCGCGGAGGAGCAGAAGGAAAUGGAAGACAAAGUGACUAGUCCAGAGAAAGCUGAAGAAGCAAAAUUAAAAGCAAGGUAUCCUCAUCUGGGACAAAAGCCUGGAGGUUCAGAUUCUUUAAGGAAACGAUUGCAGAAAGGGCAAAAAUAUUUUGAUUCUGGGGAUUACAACAUGGCUAAAGCAAAAAUGAAGAACAAGCAACUUCCUACUGCAGCUCCGGAUAAGACAGAGGUCACUGGUGACCACAUUCCCACUCCACAGGACCUUCCUCAACGGAAACCAUCUCUUGUUACUAGCAACCUGGCUGGCUGAUUAAAAGAGCUGAACUGCAUGAAUCUUCUAAUUCCCAUUAUUUCUCCUUAAUAUGUUACUUCUCCACUUUUUAUUUCCUUUCACUCACUAAGUCAUUUGAGAGUUAUGGCUUUGCAGGUAGUGGUAGUGUGUGUGUAAGGGAAUAUACAUGUGUAGAGUUUUGAUUAGUUUAACAGUGCACUGAUGAAAAGAACAUGUUAGAGCAAUGUAAAGUAAUCUACUUGAAAAUAAUUGUAUAUAUUACCUAACUCCUAGUGUAGGGCUGGUUCCAACAAGUAACAAGCAAGUUUUACAGUUUUAAUGUUUUGGCUUUCUUUAAUUCAUCUUAAUUAUAGCUUUGUAUGUUACUCUUAUUUAAUGUAACCUCUAUUGUAUUGAUUUCUUGUGUAUUUUCCUUUUGGAUUUUGUAAAACAGAAGUUUAAGACCACAAGUUAGAAGAAAGGUCACAUAUUUCAAACACAAAUAGAUGGGGCUUC